AUGUGCAAUAAAAGCCACAGAGCUACCAUGGAGUUGUCUAUCAUUCUCAUCAUCAUUGGUAUGACUGUGGUUGUUAAAGGAAGCGGUGGUGUUCCAAAAGGACUCCAUUUUGUUGGUGUUGGUUAUAAUCUGCUGAAAGGGAACCCUGAAGGAGAUGCGAGAUAUGGGGGUGUCGAUCCAGGACUUCUUAUCACUAGAAAGAUCUUUCAGCUUACCUGGAACACUAACAAGAAGUCUGUAGACAACAGGUUCAGUGUGCCAGAUCAGGUGACCUUUGCGCCACGUUUAUCCUGUGUUAGAACCUACAAGAAAGAAGUGUUUUUCGGUUCUAAGAGUUAUCAAGAAAAACUGAACGUCGAUGUCCAAGUUAGCGGUAAGCGGAAAAAGAGAGUGCUAAGAUUUCAAUCUAAGUAAUAUCACACACUGAUUCUGUGAUAAGAAACGACUAUGCUGUCAAAUGUAAAACCGUUUAUACUUAUAGGUAGGCAGAUGCUGCGCUUAAAAUUCUCUUAAGGAAACAUCGCUUUUACAGCCUUUGUUGUGACUACUUUUACAAGUGAUUUUCACUUAUAGUAAUUGCCUUUGAAUUUUUAAACUAUUUAUUCUUUUAAAUUUCUGUAUAGGUGACUACGGAAAAGGUUUGCUGGGUGUCGCUUUUUCGCUAAGUUCAAGUAAGAAAUAAAAUGAGUUACUUCUGUUUAAUUUCUAAUUUAGGGAAUAGUUUAGGUGGCUGUUAAGCCAGGUUUGACUGCAGUACAUUUUCAAAACAUCUUUUUGAUAUUAGCUCAGAUAUAGUUACUCUGUACUGUCCAAUGAUUCUUUGUAUAAUGAUGCAUUGCCGUCAAUACUUAUAGGAUUCGAAAAGGUGAAGAAGGAGACAUCUAAAUAUCACAAUGUGUUUUAUGAGGAUAAACAUGUUUGCAACAAGGGACGCGCCCGCUACCAGUUGGAUUUAGCUCCAGUAAAGAAGUUCUCGGUGUCAGCGGACUUUGCUGCUACAGUAUGCGCUUUACCAGGAAAAUACAACGAAAAAGCAUACUUUGAUUUCUUAGAAGGCUGGGGAACGGUUAGUUUGUUUAAAUGUUGAUUAAUUCGCUUAAUAACCGAGAUUGAUGUCAUUUUGACGUGCAUAAUUGUGUCUGUCUUUCCGUUUUUCUAUGUAUUGUAUUGUAUUGUUUUGUUCUGUUUUGUUUUGUUUUUUUUUUCAGCACAUUGUAGUCGAAGUAGAAUUGGGGAAGAAAAUAACCGAACGCUUUAAAAGUUCAAAAGCAGAAUUCACUAAAUACGCAAUGUUGAACGUAAGUUUGAGAAUAUAUACUUUUCUCUAGUUUUGACAAGCUUUGAUAAGAAAAAACCUCCGGGGUCAGUCGGCUCACUGAAUUUAGUUAUUUCAUUUUUUUUUUCUUGCAUGUAUGUUUGUUUUUGUUUUUCUUCCGAAGUUACAUUUAAUAGUUGUUAAGUCGUCACCAUGGAACUGGGCUAUACCAGGAGAAGUAAUCGGCUCCUGGCUAUACAGCUUUUAAUUAGAAAUUUUUUUUCUUAUAAGACCUUUCCUAAAAUUUGGGGGUUUUAUGUCUACAAAUCGUUAACGAAGUUCAUUAUUGCACAAUACUCUUUUUUUCAGAGUAUUUUCUACAGACAUAUAUAUAACGUUUUUAAAUGCCGGAUUACACCAAAGGGGGGGGGGGGGAAGGUGGAUUAGGUAACUCUAUUGUUUUCCACCUAAGUUUCUUGACCCACUCCGCCUGCCAGUAUGACGUCACAUAGUAACGGGCAAGAGCCUCGCGUCGCUUGUGCAAAUUAGCAAUGGAUAGGACAGUUAUUUGGACUAGCGAGGUCGAGGAAAAGCAAAGAAGCUAACAAGUAUCGCUAUAUAUCGCUUAUUUGAUCGAAUGUGUGCGUGUGAACUUCGGUGUUGCUCUAAUCUGCUUGUGUAAACAGUUUUGGUAUUUUGUGUCCGUGAUUGUAAAAUUUUGUUAAUUUGUUUUGUGAGCCGUGUUGCGGGAUCGCCAUUUAUUUCACGGGACCGGUAAGGUCAUCAAAACUUGAAUCUUUUUUUCUCUAAAAUAGGCAAGAUCUAAUCUCCAGAAUAGGAGGUUCUAUUCACAGAUCAUGCAUGUUUAUAUUUCCUCUAUUCUUUUGCUAAUUAAAUGGGCCUAACAUAUCAUUCCUUUCGAGUGCGGGCCUCUGUUGAUCUCCUAAUUUUCUCCACCAAAUUCAGUAAAGCUAGUUCAAUCGAUUAUCUACAUCGAGUCGGCCCGUUGAACCGGAAAUAAUGCGAAAUAGCUUUGAAAUGCGCGCUUAAGCUAGUUUUCCUCAAAUGUAUAUUUGAAUUUAUGAUAAAUACAGCUCUACCAGCUUCAAACAGCGUCUGUGGCAGAGAAAAAUUGUUUUGACAUGACAAAAUUAAUUUUGCAAAUCAUGUGUGUCACUGUGGUGCAGUGGUCAGGCAGUUUCUUGCACGUGCAGAUAAACCGGGUUCGACUCCCGGCGACGCUGCUUUCUGUUUCUUGGUACCGUUUUUUUCCCGGUUUCGUCUAUUUUUUUUAACACUAUUUUUCCUUUUGGCCUUUUUUUCUUUAUUCUUUUUGCAGACCCUGCUGCAUGCUGCUGGUCAUGCACUUGGAUCAAUAUAUAUUUUAUUUUAAGCUUAAAUCCGGAGUUUUAUUUUGGAAAAAGGGAUUUCAAAAGCUCUUGAUCUGCACACUGACCAAGCUUACGACCGGAUAAAAACCAUAAGCUGUCAAGACAUGUCCCUCCUCUGAAACAGCUGAAUUUUUUUCAAUGUUAGUUGGCAUCAUGACAAACACACACAGUACACCACAAACUGUACUACAGUCGACUCUCGAUAACGCGAACCCUCGCUAACUCGAAUCAAACUCGAUUUCUCCUGGAUUACCAUCAUACAUUCACUGUAAUUUUACCCUCGAUAACUCGAACUCACGCUAACUCGAACCAAUUUUCGUUUCCCCCAGGUCAUUUUCUAUAUAAUUUUACCCUCGAUAACCCGAACCAUUUUUUGAGCCCUUGAAAGUCGGGAAAAAAGCCGUCUACUGGCGUCCGAAACAUUGAAUUUUGGAUCAGUCCUAAUGACGUGUUGUAGGAGUAUAGUUUACUAGUGGAGGCUGAUGUUCAUUGUCACAGGCUAACGUGAAGCAGCUUUUCUUCUCAAAACAGUAAAACGAAUGCUCUAUUUAGGCUAUGUUUUGUUACGUUACAUUCUGAUUUAUGGAUCUAGAAGUAUCUUUAAUUUUCACUUGACAUUUCUGCAAUUAAAUGUGAUUCCAAUGUUCCCUGUGCAGUAAACACUGUUUUUUACCUUACCGCUCGGCUAUUUUCUUCGAACUCCCAAUAACUCGAACCUUUUUUCGAUUUCCCUUGAAGGUUCGAGUUAUCGGGAGUCGACUGUAAUUUACACCCAACACCCGCCAGUGACCCACUGGCGAAAGUUAAACUUGCCUUUUGUACAUCAUCAUAAUCAUCAAUAUUAUUACCCUAAAAUCUCCACUGGGUUUGCCCCAAAAAAGUAAUUAAACGAAACCAUUUAUUCGUUUUCGGGAUUACAGAAUUACAGGUGUAUGCCCAAUACAGUAUUAAAAGAGGUCUUAAUGCGGUAAAGCAACAAGAUUCAAUGCUCACAAUCUCUCACAAAUACCUGUCAUUUAGCUUCCCCUUUCAACGCUACAGCUAACCGAACUUUGAGAGGAAUGAUAGGGGGUUUCACUAGCUCUGAAGAGUAUAAUACAUCCUUUGAUGAACCUCCUAUUGCUGUGUCUAAACUCCUCAAUCUUGCUGUUCACUGGCCCUCAAAAGUGUGACCGGUCGGUAUUAUUGCCCGUAAAGUUUGCCUAACGAUUGAAAGGAAUCUUUUUAAAUUCAUUACACCACUGAACAUUUCGUUCCAAAAAAAUACUUAAAUCUAGUUUUCUAUGACAAUAGAAACCUUGAAAUCUCCAAAUCCAAGAAAUCGGAACGGUAUUUCCAUGAUAAAAUCGAAAUUUUUAUCCGUCUGGAUUCGAUGAACACUUGAAAGUCACUGACACGGGACGUGACGUCAUACUGGCAGGCGGACUGUACCACAGAUUUCCUUGGACACACCUUCCCCCCCUGGAUAACACCAUGUUGAGAACCUCAACUAAAAGUCACUUUAGAUGAUCGCAGAUUAUAUUUUAUGAAACUUUUAGGUUUCUGUGUGCACUACAUGAUCCUUCGGGAAUAAGAUUUAACAUUUUUACGAACCCAAUAUAUUUUAUUUCUUUUAGUCGCAAAAUUCUGUAUCUGUGUCUGGAAGUUACAUGGGAUUCAGCGCCUCCUUAAAAGUCGAUGUUAACGUGUUCAAAGAGUCAAUGUCAAAGAACACCAGAUUUGGGGAGCAUAAGGUGGUAUUCAAGUCUGGAGGAUCAAACCUGCCUGAGCCCAUUAGAAUUAAACUGGUGCCAAUUACUGAAGCUUUUGAUCCUGCUUUUUACUCCGUCUUGGAUAAACGGUCGUUCGCACGAUGCGUUCAUUCUAAUUCUCUACUCAAAGCGCGCAAGACGGCGGUCAUAAGGGCAUUAAAUGAAUAUCCUCGCCUUAAGAAAACCGUGAAACCUACAGGUACGAGUCUAUUAUAGAGGAAGUAAAAAAUAGAUAGCAUCGAUGGAAAUGUCAUAAACUUAAGAACGUUACUUUUGUCAGAAAAUCUGAGGGAAUCUUCAUGUUUCCAGGAAAGCUAAAGAAAUGCGUAAACAUUGUUAAUCUGAGGCCUGUUUACAUGAAGGUGAGGGACCCCAGGUGGUUGGGUAACCCUCCCGUUCAUAUAAUCUCUCAUAUGGUCACCUCAUGUAUCGUGUAAACCUGAUCAGUUUGAAUUGGGACAUUAUAUCAAGAGGACGGUUAGCUCACCUAUUAAAAGUGUUUUACCUGAUCUACCUGGGGUCCCCCGCCAGUCGAGCAAUGACGAACAAUAGGUAGAUUUUGCAAGGCCAACGGGUGAAUUCGUAAGCCCCAAAGUACAUGUUGAGCACCACUCAGAACUAGAAAAAAAGUAUCUAUUCAGUGCUUGACUGUAUCUUAUUAUAAUUAGAUCCCGAAGUGCGCAUUCCUUUAACCUGGCCUGAGGGUACAUACGGUCUUCCCAUGCCUAAGUCGGGGUGCCCGAUAUGGAGAUGGAGACGGAACUUCCGGUGGCACUGGGGAUAUCGCUACCACGACACUGAAGAUAAACGUUCAAACAACCAGUGGUCAUCUCCAUUUGAUUUGGCUGGUCCAUACUACAAAAAUAAUAUGUACCAAAAGUUCUGCAUGAAAACAAAACACACAGCUUCUGAUUACAACCUACCCUGGCCAAAAGGGCAAUACUGUAUUCUCAAGAAAGGGAAAUGUCCCGGAGGUUUGUGUUAUUUGUUUGAUUGUUUUUGUUUGUUCAAGCCAAUUUUAUAUAAAAAUAGUCAGUCAGCUAGACUGUUUAGACAGCCCGUGGGGUUAACAUGGUAGUUUGUUUCUAGUUAUUUGUCUUUUUGAACGUCAGUUUAAGCCAUGACUUGAUUGACCAGUCAGAUAAAUAAACAGAUUUUCAUACCAUCAAUUGACGAAAGACAAGUCACUUUGACUCUGAAGAUGACUACUGCACUGGUUUUCGAAACUUCAGUCACCCGACUCACGGUAGAUUCAUCUGGACCGCCUAGUUAUGAGAUUCAAGUUGGCAAAUGAUAAUGAUGAUGAUGAUCAUGAUUAUAAUGACGACUGAUGAUAAUAAUAAGUAAUAAUAACAGGACUGAGUGGAGUCCAAUUCGGUCUGUAAUCAUACGAGUGAUAGUCCGAUUUGUUUAAUCACGAGUAUGAUUACAGACCGAAUUGGACGACACGAAGUUCUGUUACCAAUUAAUCAUAACUUUGACAAAAUUUGUGAUGUAAUAGGCUAUUUUUUAAAUCAAAACUAGCAGUGAAAAAAAAGCCAUUUAAGCGCGCGCAUGAUGGCGCGUAGUGUCCAAUUACUUAGGCAUGACGCAUACUGUCCUAUUAAACUGUCCAAUUAAGGCUGAAAUCAGGGCAGUUGAUAGCCAAUCAGAUUUGACAAUUUUGUUAUAGUUAUGAUUACAAUGAUAAUGAUUACAAUACCAUGAAUUAAAACAAAUCGUUCUAAAAUGGCGUCUUCAGUAAGAAAUUAAAAGGGCCAAGCUAAGAUAAAUUCGUAUGGAUCUCAAUGACCCUCUGGUGGUACUGAAAAAAUCUCUUUGAUGUAUAAUCUAUUAAUCACACACAGGGUUUACAGAGGGACACAUAAAAUGGGAUGACGAAGAUCGUAGGAACAGGAACAGAUAUGGUGGUCAGAUUCCAGAUGGUCUUUAUGGUAGAAACACCGUUAUCUACUACUGCUGUCGAGCAGAUGGGUACGCCACAAAUUCCAUAAUUCUUCCCACUGACUCCCCAUUCGUCUUGCUGAAAUCUAACACUCACUUGUGCCAGUAUGUGCAAGGAAUGAAGGUUAGAAGUGAGUGGUUCUAUUGGGAUUGUGAAAAUAGAAGGCCUUCAAAUGGAGUUGGUGGGUUCCGACCACGCUCGAUCGUGGACAGAAAUGUCAGACUCUAUUAUUGUUAUUAUUAUCGUUGAUUAAACAGCGAUUUUCUGGAUUUCAAUAGCCCAAUAUGUAAUUUCAGGGCAUAAAGUAGCUCUCAGAGGAAAACGAAAUAAAAUGUGUAUUGGAA